CAAUAUUUCAAAGUAUGAAACACAAAAUUUCAUUAAAUAUUAAAUUUAUUCUAUAUUUCUUGUGUAGUCUAUGAUUUAAAUGAUUUCUUGUACAAUCGAUAAUUCAGAACACAUGAGUUAUAAAAUUUCAUAAAAUAUAGAAUAAUGGCAAAUGUAGAAGUGACUGAAAAUAUUAUAAGUUGGGAACCAUUACGUCUGACACAUAUUAAACCAUCAUUUAAUGCUCAAGAAUCAGCUUUGGCAUCACGUCAAGAUUUAUGGCACAAGUUCAUUUUAUUUGGCAUAGGACAAUUCAAAGCAGCAGAAGUGUUACGAACUAUUAUUAUUGCUUGUGAACCAGAAAUUAUAUUACCUGUUAUGUAUAAAGAAGAAAAUCCCAACAAAAGCACUUUCUUGACAAAAUGUAGUUGUAAUGCUAUUGAAAAUCUUGUGAAACAAGAUUUAUGUCUAACAUUAUCAAAUGGACAAGAAUUACACAUUGAUAUUAUAUUAGGAUAUACAGAUUCUCAAAAUUUACAAUUAAAUCCUAAUAGAAUUAUAGCGCAAGCACUUUAUUAUAGAUAUGAACCUACAAAAAAAAUAUUGAAUCUUGAUGAUUUUGAAAAUGAAAAAUCAUUAAGCUCUAUAUAUUGUCCCAUAUCUUUGCCCAAAGUAUUGCAUUUUGUUUUAAGAUGUACUAAAAUGGGAAUUUUAAGCAAUAAUCGUGAUUCACGAUUACCUGUUAGAGAAUUGAGUUUAAGAUAUAAUCAAAUCACAAGCAUUAUCUUUUUUGAAAAAUUUUUUAAUUAUCAUUUAACCAAAUUAGAUUUGCGCCAUAAUCAAAUUGCAGAUGUAGAGUACUUACGCUAUUUUAGUGAAUUUAAAAUAAGUGAGCUUUGGUUGGAUGGAAAUCCAUUAUGUAUAAAAUAUAAUAAGUGUCAUGAUUAUAUCCAAGCAGUAAAAAAUAUUUUUCCUCAUUUACAAAAAUUGGAUGGAAUUGUAAUAGGUAUGGAACAAAAAUUUGUUCCCAAUAUUCAAAGUAAUUAUUUAAGAGAUGGUACAAACACUUGUUUAAUCAAGCAAUUUGUAAAGCAUUAUUUUACAUUAUAUGAUCAAGAUGAUAGGCAAGUGAUAAAUGGUUUAUAUGAUAGAGAUGCACUCUAUUCUAUGACUUUAGGACCUGUUUCAAAUUAUGUUCAUAAACAAUUGACUAAAACAUUUGUAACAAAUAGAAAUUUACUAAAAUUUGUUGAUUAUGCUAAGUGUCAAGAAUUUUUAUUACGUGGUCCAGAAAAAAUUAUUUCUGCACUUAAAAAUCAACCACCUACAAUACAUCAUUUCAAAUCAUUUCAUGUGGAUUUAUUGUAUGAAGGAGAAAUCCAUCUUGCAAUUUCUGUGCAAGGAAUGUUUUCAUUUCGAGAUGUCAAUCAAUGUCCACCAAUGUUUUUCAACAGAACUUUUAUAAUUAUGAAGAAAGAAGAUAAUGAAUAUUGCAUUACUAAUGAUCAGUGUUAUCUUGAUGGAACACCAGCUAAUCUAUCAGGAAACAAUGAAAUAAGAUUUGAAUUAAAAAACGUUCCAAAGUUUAUUCCAACAGUGUUUAGUGUUUCUGAAAAAGAACAACUGCUUACAUUUUUACAUGAAUUGACUACAAUGAACAUGAAAUUUUGUCAUCAGUAUCUUGAAGAUGCCAACUGGGAUAUUAGGACUGCUAUUGCUACAUUUAUGAAUAUGUACACAGUUAACAAUGUACCACCUGAAGCCUUUUUAUAAUAUAUACAUCUUUUGUAAUCUGUUGUAUAUUUAUGUACAUGUUAUUAUUUAUAAUGUACUUGUACUAUAAAUGUAUAUUUGUGUAUAAUAUCAAAUUAAUUUUAUUAUAAAAAAUGUAUUAUUACCUAAAGAAAAUACAAUAAGUGCAAUGAUUGUUCAUUGUCUCUUUAUAAAAAAUUUUUGAUUUCAUUGUAUACAAAAUAUAAAAUUACAAUUUUUAUGAUAUUAACAACCCUGUUGUGUAUUUAACAGAGCAAUAGUUUUAUUUAUAUAUGGUAUAGUAUUCACAUUUGAAUUUACUCCUAAUUCAAAUACUUUCUGCAUCAAUGGUAAAGCAUGUUCUGAAAUAAAAUAUAAUUUAUAUAUAAUGUAAAAUUAAAUUUAUUAAAUAAAAUUUAUAUUAUAUUUAUAUUUAUAUUUA